AUGAAUUCCCACCUCCAGAGUAAUGCAGGCCUGGCAGAGUAUGCCCACAACUCCAGUGCUGGGGAUGCAGAGACCAGAGGAUCCCUGGAGUUUACUGGUCUGCUGUUGAGUCUGCGAGUUCCAUGUUCACCAGGUGGUCUUGACAGUAAGUAUCAUGUGUUCAUAUCUCAAUUUACCUGCAGGAACACCAGUGGAACAUUCUCAAGCAUGGGUCCAUCCACCCCAACCUGGAGCACUGACAACACAACAAUGAAUGAAAGUUUCUACAUAAUAAUGAGUUCAAGUUACUACACUGAAAGCUUACUCUGUGUCACCAUGAAAAAAAUUUUGAGUAUUCUUACUGUCAUCAUUGCCGUGUUUGGACUGGCAGGAAAUGCCAUAGUGCUGUGGCUUCUGGGCUUCCACAUGCACAGGAAUGCCUUCUCUGUCUAUGUCCUCAACCUGGCUGGGGCUGACUUCCUCUUCCUCUGCUUUCAGACUGUGUACUCCCUCGAGCGUAUACUUAUUUCAUUCCAUAACAGCUACUUGGAUAUUCACUUCUCUCUCUUCAAUGUAUUAAUCUUUACUUACCUUGCAGGUAUGUGUAUGAUUGCAGCCAUCAGUGCUGAUCGCUGUCUGUCCAUUUUGUGGCCCAUCUGGUAUCACUGCCAACGACCAAGAUACAUGUCAUCUGUCCUGUGUGCACUGCUCUGGGCCUUCUCUCUACUGCUAAGCCUCCUUUUAGGGGAUGGUUGUGGCUUACUAUUUAGUUAUUAUGACCAUUCUCUCUGUAGGACUUACAAUUUUAUCACUGCUACAUUUGUAAUAGUAUUAUCAAUGGUUCUUUGUGGAUCCAGCCUGGCUCUAUUGGUCAGAAUCUUCUGUGGCUCACAGAGGAUUCCUGUGACCAGGUUGUAUAUGACCAUUGCACUCACAGUGCUGGUCUUCUUACUCUUUGGUCUGCCCUUUGGUAUCUAUUGGUUCCUCUUAGAUUGGAUUGUAGAGUUGUAUAGAGUUUUCCCUUGUAAUGUUUAUGCAAUUAUAACUUUCCUGUCCUGUGUUAACAGCUGUGCCAACCCCAUCAUUUACUUCCUUGUUGGCUCCAUUAGGCAUCGCAGGUUCCAGAGGCAGACUCUGAAGAUUCUUCUGCAGAGAGCCAUGCAAGACACUCCUGAGGAGGAAGGUGGAGAGAGGGGUUCUUCAGGAAAUCCUGGAGAGAAGUAA